AUGUCAAGCUCUCACUAUGCCAUCAGCGUCGGCGUGCCCAUCUACUCACUCGCAUUCACCGGCAAGGAGACCGUCGUCCUAGGAGGCGGCGGAGGCAGCUCAAAGUCGGGCAUCAAGAACAAGCUCAUCUACUGCAGGCUCCAUCCAGAAGCACGCACGCUCGAUCGCGUACACGAAUAUGAGCUGCCCAAAACGGAAGAUGCGCCAAUGUCGAUGGCUGUCUCGCCCGAGAGACCUGUCCUCGUCGCUGGUAUCAACGAAUCUGUCGACAAGAUCAACGCAGGCUCCAACAACAAUUUGCGCGUCUUUGCUAUCAAAGAGGACAGUGGCCUCGAAUUCGAGUCUGCUCGCAAUGGCAUCUCUGUCCUUGCGCCAGAAUUUUACCAGAAAGCAACGAGCUUUGCGCCAGAUGGUAGCAUGCUCGCUAUCGGCAACACCAAUGAUCAGUUCUCAAUCUAUCGCUAUCCGAGUCUUAGCAAGGUCUUUCGCUGCUACCACUUCGACGGUCAAGAAGUCAUCGACGCUGACUUCAGCGAAGAUGGCAAGCUGGCAGCCGGCACCUCAGACAAAAAGGUCUGCUUCUUCUCGACCGAGACAUCGAAGAUACCGGCAGAGAAGCCAGAUGAGUCUGGCGACGAAGACGAGGCGCCUAAGCCCCAUGUUGCGCAAACCAUAGAAAGACCGGUCUUGCAAAAGGAUGUCGCUUGUUCGUUUCGGUCUGGAAGAUUUGGGAGGAAAGCUACCUCAGGCCUGUUCUAUACGAUUGUCAAUUCGUCUGCGCCUUCGACCGGCAGAAAGCGCAAGCGGGGCGAUCGAAAGGCUUUCGUGUCCAUAUGGGAUCUCAAGACUUGGCAACUUAUCAAGACACGCACGAUCAGUCAAACACCUGUCACAUCGUUCGAUAUAAGUCCGGACGGGUCGAUGCUCGCUUUUGGUACGGCCGAGCUGGCCGUUGGUGUGUUAGACGCCAAGACACUACGUCCAAGAUUGACGAUCCUCAGGGCGCAUGACUUUGCGAUCACUGCGCUCAGGUUCAACACGACGUCUGACAUCGUCGUAUCUGGGAGCGUGGACAGCAGCAUACGAGUGAUCCCGAUCGAUGCGACAGCACAAGCCUCGCGGUUUACGACGAUGCAGACGCUCUUGCUCACCUUGCUGUUCCUGCUUGUGGCCAUCUUAGUGCAGUAUCUCGCAGACGGAGAUCUGCUCGCUACAGCUCGACAGCAUCUCCAUUUCUAG